CUUGCGGGUUCCUAUAUCAAAAGCUUUUAGUAUUAGCUGUUGUUAGGAAGACAUUGACAUUUGACAUUAAUGUAGGUUGCUGAAUUGGUAAUGCAGAACCAGAGACCUCUCACUUUUUCAAAAAAUAGGGUUUCGGUCCCCUACCCAGCAUACAUUUCCAUUUAAGUACUAGCCUUAAAGUGAGAAAAGAUAGGUAAAGAGAUCACAGGAUUUAGGGGCGGAGCUUUCUUUUGAAAAAAGAAAUAACUUAGCAAAAAAACCAAUAAGAAACCCACGUUCCUAUUUAACAGCCUAACUGCCCCCAAAACUGUUAGAACUCUCUCCAUUAUCACCAGCACCCAAUUCAGUUUUCUUCUUACCAUCUUCUUCAGAAUUCAAACAGUUCUCUAGAGUCAUAGCAAGUAAAACAGAAUUCAGAAAGUUUAAAUUAUGAAGUGGGGGAGAAAGAAACCUCCUUCUUCAUCAUCCUCGUUCUCUUUUCGACCUCCUUUACUUUCUCAUGUUCUACCCGCUUCUUGGCUUUGCAGGUUUAAGAGAAUGAGUGUGGAUGCUGAACCAAAACCUGCAAAAGGGAAUCACAAUUCUCUUAGUUCAUCAAAGGUUGCUGCAGGUGAAGGAAGGUUCCAUGCUGGGGAUGGUGAUGCAUUUUGGAGAUUGUCAUUUGGAGAAAAAAGUGUUGAUGGGAAGGAAAGUAGAGGAGUGCUGAGAUCGGUCUGGUAUGAUCCGGAUGACGAGGUUGGUUUUCCACCCUCAAGUUGCCAAAGAUGUAGAUCAAAUGCAAUGAGGACAAUGGAAACUGAAAGAGUGAAGAGGUCUUGGGAUGUAGAGAAGAUUAAGGAACAUCGGAGGGAUACUGAGAUGCUGCCAGAGACUGAUAACCGUAAAGGAGAAACGUUAACAAUAAUCAAGACACCAAGGUUGAUAUCUGCAAGAGACCUGAAAUUGAGGAACAGAUUUGAGGAAGCUGUAGAAGAGAAAAGGUUGAGAUUGCAAAGAAUUAAUAGUGAAGCAAGGAAGAAAUCAACAAAUCCAGGAAUCGGAAGAGACGAGCUAACAGGUGAGAGUUUAAGGAAACAUCACAAUCUCCCUUACAUGAAUUUGGGAAAUUUUAAUUUAACAACAAAUGAUGAAGGCUCUGCAUUUGCUACUCGAAGAAUGGAGCAAAGUAAUAGACUUUCUCCAGAAUAUUCGAGCUCUGAGUGGCGAAAACUGAAAGAAAUGAGAAUAGAAGAGCUGAAGGUGAAGAAUGAGAUACAGAGGAAAUCUCUUUACAUGAGCAGGGAAUUGCAGAGGAGAAAAACAAAGCAGAGUAAAGACAGAGUUUUUUCUCCAAGAACACCUUCAAAGGUUGAAAUCUGCAAAAUAAAAGCUCUUGAAGACAUGAAGAAGGCCAAAUUGAAGAUGAAGGCAGCAAAGCAGAGAAGAGUGAAGGAAAGUACCAGGUUAGAGAACUUUGCUGUAGUGAAAUGCUCAUUUGAUCCAGAGAAGGAUUUUAGAGAUUCAAUGAUUGAGAUGAUCAUGGAGAAAAAGAUCAGUCGACCUGAAGAACUUGAAGAACUCUUGGCUUCUUAUCUGACAUUGAAUUCUGAUGAAUAUCAUGAGCUCAUCAUCAAAGUAUUUCGGCAGGUAUGGUUCGACCUAGAUCAGGCCAUUUUUGAAUCUUUUGAUACUGAAUUGCAUACUGAAGAAUGCUUUCAGGAUUAACAACUGUCUCAAGAUUCUCACUAUUGAUGAGAAAAGUACAAAUAUCUUUAACAGUUACUGAUGUAGUCAGAAUUAGCUUCAAAUUCCUCAAAAGAAUAAUUUUAAUUCGUUGUUUCGAAAUUUAAAAGUCUGUGGCUACAAACAGCUUCAAACACAAGCAUGCAAAUGCACCAAAAGUAUACACGCCUCAUGCAUACAUGUUUAUGAUCAUACCUGCGCCAGAGUAUUGGAAAUACAUCCAUGUGAUUGUUAUCUGCUUUUCAGCUGUAUCUUCACUGUCAUUUCAAUUUUGGAUAUUGCUCAAUUAAUGCUGUAAUUAAAGACUGAGCUGCUAAAACAGCAAAAGCUGACCACUUAGAGAAAGUUGGCAUAUUCCCAUCUGAUUUGUUUGAUCUUUUCCUAGCCUCUCCUCAUAAGUUUUGCAGUUUCUUUACCAUAGGGCAUCCAUUUCAUAUAAUCCAGUUAAUACAACCUUACUUUCACA